AUGCCAUCCGACCAGAAAGCCGAUGGAGAGUCCUUCACCACUUUCUUCUCGGAUACUGGAAACGGAAGAUAUGUUCCACGCUCGAUCUUCGUCGAUCUCGAGCCAACUGUUGUUGACGAGAUUCGCACGGGAACCUACAAGCAGCUUUUCCACCCAGAGCAGAUGAUCACCGGAAAGGAAGACGCCGCCAACAAUUAUGCUCGUGGUCACUACACCGUCGGAAAGGAAUUGAUCGACACCGUUCUCGACAGAAUCCGCCGUCUUGCUGAUAACUGCAGCGGACUCCAAGGAUUCUUCGUUUUCCAUUCAUUCGGAGGAGGAACUGGAUCCGGAUUCACCUCUCUUCUCAUGGAGCGUCUUUCUGUCGACUACGGAAAGAAAUCCAAGUUGGAGUUCUCCAUCUACCCAGCUCCACAAGUUUCGACCGCUGUUGUUGAGCCAUACAACUCUAUUCUUACCACCCAUACCACCCUUGAGCACUCCGACUGUGCCUUCAUGGUUGACAACGAAGCCAUCUACGAUAUCUGCCGUAGAAACCUCAGCGUUGAUCGUCCAAGCUACACCAACUUGAACCGUAUCAUCUCCCAAGUUGUGUCUUCGAUCACUGCCUCUCUUCGUUUCGAUGGAGCCCUCAAUGUUGAUCUCAUCGAGUUCCAAACCAACUUGGUCCCAUACCCAAGAAUCCACUUCCCAUUGGCCGCCUACACUCCACUCAUUUCCGCUGAUAAGGCUUAUCAUGAGGCUCUUUCCGUCAAUGACAUCACCAACAGCUGCUUCGAGCCAGCCAACCAAAUGGUCAAGUGUGAUCCACGCCACGGAAAGUACAUGGCUGUCUGCCUCUUGUACAGAGGAGACGUCGUUCCAAAGGAUCGACAGCAAACCUGA